AAAAGAAUGCAACGUGAUGCACAGUAAUAAGAAUCGAAGCGAUCGGGGACUGGAUGGAGGGCUACUGCAGAGAGCGGCUCAUGUUCCGAAUCAUGCCGAUAGCACACGCUCCAUAAACGGGGGAGAGGUUCCAUAUAGACCCGCUGGGUAACAGGAGCCUUGAGGGAGGCGGGUCUUUCCCCCCCCCCCAAUCUACACAUGGAUUACGUUUGCUCAACAACUAUCCAACUUUCAAUGGGCUUUUUAUUGGAAGCUGAAUAACCGAUCGUGAGAUUUUAGUGAAAAUCUCCAAAUAUAUCUAGAUAUUUUACAAUACAAGUGAAGGUAUAGGGUAUGUUGUUUACCAAGCCUGUUGCCCUGUCUAUUAUGACUGCUGAUCUUGCCUUUGUUAAACAUUAAAAAAGAGGUGCCUUUUUAAAAAAAAAACUUAGUUGGAUUGCAACUCGAAAGCAGCUGGGAAGUUAACGAUGAUCUGUUCAGUGACAACACUGUACACCUUGUGGAGGUUGUUUUGGUGGACAUCAGUGGGCUGCAGAGUGAGCUUAGCCCAGGAACUGUAUGCGACUCAUUCCAUUAGGAUCGACGGAGAACUCACCUUGGGUGGCCUUUUCCCAGUUCACGCCAGAGGGCCUAAGGGGACGCCCUGCGGGGACCUCAAGAAGGAAAAGGGAAUCCAUCGCUUGGAGGCUAUGCUUUACGCCUUGGACCAGAUCAACAACGAUCCGGAUCUUUUGCCCAACAUCACGUUGGGGGCUCACAUCCUGGACACCUGUUCCAAGGACAUCUACGCCUUGGAGCAAUCUCUUACUUUUGUUCAGACUCAUAUUCAGAAGGAUACCACAGAUGUUAGGUGCACGAACGGGGAACCCCCGAUCUUUGUCAAGCCGGAGCGGAUAGUUGGAGUCGUUGGAGCAUCGUCUAGUUCUGUGUCCAUCAUGGUGGCCAAAAUACUGAGACUCUUCAAGAUUCCGCAGAUCAGUUAUGCCUCCACUGCACCAGAGCUGAGCGAUAACAGCAGCUAUGCUUUCUUCUCCCGCGUGGUUCCACCGGACUCUUACCAGACCCAGGCUAUGGUGGACAUUGUGAAGGCUUUCGGAUGGAAUUACGUGUCUACACUGGCUUCGGAAGGGAGCUACGGCGAGAGUGGUGUGGAGGCCUUUGUGCAGGUCUCCAAGGAAGCUGGUGGGAUUUGCAUUGCUCAGUCUUUGAAAAUCCCAGCGGACCCCAAAAGAGCAGACUAUGAUAGAAUCAUCAAGAGUCUUUUGGACACACCUGGUGUUCGUGGCGUAAUCAUUUUUGCUAAUGAAGAUGACAUCAGGCAGGUCCUUGCAGCUGGCAAAAGAGCAAACAAAGCAGGCCAUUUUAUCUGGGUCGGUUCCGACAGCUGGGGUUCUAAGCAUUCUCCAGUAAAACAGCAGGGCGAAAUGGCUGAGGGAGCCGUGACCAUUCUACCCAAAAGAGCAUCUGUAGAUGGCUUUGAUAGUUACUUCACCAGUCGGACUCUGGAGAAUAACCGAAGAAAUGUCUGGUUUGCAGAGUUCUGGGAAGAGAACUUUGACUGCCAAGUGACACGAACGGGAUCAAAAAAAGACACAGCUAAGAAAUGCACAGGAGACGAGAGGAUUGGAACACACUCCCAAUACCAACAGGAGGGUAAAGUUCAGUUUGUGAUUGACGCUGUAUAUGCCAUGGCCCACGCUCUGCACAACAUGCACAAAGUUUUGUGCCCAGGCUACACUGGCAUCUGUCCUGCGAUGGACCCAAUUAAUGGAGACGACCUCCUGGGAUACAUCCGUAAUAUACAUUUUAAUGGUAGUGCUGGAACCCCUGUAAUGUUUGAUGAUAAAGGUGAUGCUCCAGGCCGUUAUGAUAUCUUCCAGUAUCAGCUUGUUGGCAAUAAUACCUGGGACUACCGCAGAAUUGGCCAAUGGACAGACCAACUUCAUCUCAAUGUAGAAGAUUUGCAGUGGGCGAGAGGAAGCCACGAGCUCCCUACCUCCGUCUGCAGCUUGCCGUGCAAAUCUGGAGAGCGUAAGAAGAUGGUGAAGGGUGUGUCCUGCUGCUGGCAUUGUGAGCUCUGCGAUGGCUAUCAGUAUCAACGAGAUGAAUUCACCUGUUCCCUUUGCAGCUACGACAUGAGGCCCAAUGAGAACCGGACUGGCUGCAGCCAAAUUCCAAUUGUGAAGCUCGAGUGGCAUUCACCGUGGGCCAUUAUCCCAGUGUUUCUUGCCAUGCUUGGAAUUAUUGCCACUAUUUUUGUGAUGGCUACUUUUAUACGGUACAAUGACACGCCAAUUGUACGGGCGACAGGUCGCGAACUCAGUUAUGUUCUUCUCACUGGAAUAUUUCUUUGUUACAUCAUUACCUUCUUAAUGAUUGCUAAACCCAACAUGGGCAUUUGUUCAUUCCGCCGCAUCUUCCUGGGUCUCGGCAUGUGCAUCAGCUACGCGGCUUUAUUAACUAAGACAAACCGGAUUUUUCGCAUCUUUGAGCAGGGGAAGAAGGCUGUGACAGCGCCCAGGCUCAUCAGCCCAACCUCCCAGCUGGCAAUCACAUCCAGCCUCAUUUCAGUCCAACUCCUCGGAGUCUUCAUCUGGUUUGGGAUUGACCCACCAAACACCAUCAUAGACUAUGAUGAGCAGAAGACAUCAAAUCCUGAGCUGGCUAGAGGUGUCCUCAAAUGCGACAUUACAGAUUUACAAAUCAUAUGCUCCCUGGGAUAUAGCAUCCUUCUAAUGGUGACAUGUACUGUUUAUGCCAUCAAGACAAGGGGUGUCCCAGAGAACUUCAAUGAAGCUAAGCCUAUAGGAUUCACUAUGUACACUACCUGUAUAGUAUGGCUUGCCUUCAUUCCAAUAUUUUUUGGCACUGCUAAAUCAGCAGAAAAGAUGUACAUACAGACCACCACCCUAACCAUAUCCAUGAACCUAAGUGCUUCUGUGGCUCUGGGUAUGCUGUACAUGCCGAAGGUUUACAUCAUCAUCUUCCACCCUGAACAGAAUGUCCAGAAGAGAAAGCGUAGCUUUAAGGCAGUGGUAACUGUGGCAACAAUGUCUUCACGACUAUCCCACAAAUCCUCAGACAGGCCUAAUGGUGAAGCCAAAACAGAGCUGUGUGAAAAUGUAGACCCGAACAGCCCAGCAGCCAAAAAGAAAUAUGUAAGCUACAAUGAUCUUGUAAUUUAACUGCUGCCCCCUGAAAAGAACAGGAGGCCAGGUUCUUCAGGCGUCUGGUCAUUCAUCUGGCACAGGCCUCCAUGCGCCCUACCGCCUAUCAGUGGAGGAGCCUGUAAGCCAGGCUUUACCUCAGAGUUUGAACACAGAAGACCCAAGUGUUUGAUAGGCUCCUUGAGAAACAAUUCACUGAAACAACUACUGGAUUUAUCGGACUUGCAAGCCACUGGCACUGUCAUAUUGUUAUGUGCGUGACCCGGCACAUCAGUCAGAGCUGAAACCAAUGCAUCUUUCCUUGUGGGCAAACUGCAAUGAACAUCUAAGAUCUCACAGGGCUUAUUAAGUCUUUGAGUGUACUUCCAAACUGCAGUUUUUGACAAAGAGAAAAUAAAAUCCCAACUAUAUAGUUUGUGAAGUUUUGCGUGGUGCAUCUUUGUUGCUUCUGUUUCACUGUUGCUUCCUGAAUGCAGUUACACUUAUUAAUUGGUCUUGGAAUUCCCUGUUUAGUCAAGAGUUCACGUCUUGUUAUGCCCCCUAUGGAGCUGUGUGAUAAAGGACUAUGAAAGCAUGUUAAUUUUCUACAGUUCGUUUGUAACAAGUAUUGACAUUAAUCUUGAUGCUUAUGUGCCAAUAUCGUGGAAUAUUCUUUCAGCCAACCAUGAUUUUUUUAUUAUGGUCACUCAUUAAUUGGGAUAAAUGAUGUGUUGUCAAAGAAUGUAUCAGCACAAUAAAUAAAAUCAUUUGGAUUAAGUUUUUAUUCAUGCAAAAA